AUGUCGAUCAAUCUCCUCGACACAAGCACGGCAAAGGGGGAUCGCGACAACUCGUCGCUGCUGUCCCCGAUCGCAUACGACGAUGACGCGUCAUCCAUUAACAGCCGAGACCAAGACACCGACAGCGAGGACGAUGCGCUGCAGCAGCGCGCCAGGAACAGCCGCGAGCUGCUGGCCCAUGACCGCAUCGUAUUGAUGGAGGAGGAGGAGUUGGACCAGCUGGUGACGGACUCAAGGCGCAAACAGGAGCUGGUGCGCCGCGGGUCGGCUCUGGCGCUGCCGCUGCCGAAUCCCUUUAGGAGUCUGGGGCGAAAGUCGAGUCUGGGGAGCAUGUCGACUGCGGGCAGCUCGAACGAGAACAUUGUGUCUGAAAAGAGAUUGGCGCAGAAUCAGAAGCAGAAGAGGCGGGAAAGGAGGGAGACUAAGAGGAAGAGGAUCAUGGAGGAGGCUCAGCAUGGCGAAGAUGGCGAACUCAUGUACGAGAUGGAGGAGGGCGGCAUGAAGGAAGGCAGCUCCACCGGCGACAGCAGCGAGAGCGACGAGUACGACCGCCGCAACCUUAAUGCGUUUGCUCAAGCAAAGUCACAGCGUGGACGGAGCUGGCGCCGCUGGCUGUUUAUACACUCGCUGAUCGCCAUCGGAUUCGCAAUCCUGGUUCUGGCCGCCUGGAAGCUGUCAAAGGGUCGCAAGUCCAAUUUCAAGAUGCACCUCACCAGCAACGGCACCGCCUUGUUUGCGCCAACUACCAUCAUCAUCAGCCUCGACGGCUUCCGCGCCGACUUUUUGCAGCGGGGACUGACGCCAAGGCUCAACGCCUUUGUGAAGGAGGGCGUCUCCCCCAAGUGGAUGCACCCAUCGUUCCCCUCCGUCACCUUUCCUAACCACUAUACGCUCGCCACCGGUCUAUAUCCCGAGGCCCAUGGUAUCGUGGGCAACACAUUUUGGGAUCCCGAGUUGAAGGCCGAGUUCCAUUACACCGAUCCUGCUCGGAGCUUGGACCCCAAGUGGUGGGGUGGCGAGCCGUUUUGGGUGACGGCUGAGAAGCAGGGCAUUCGAAGUGCGAUUCACAUGUGGCCAGGCAGCGAAGCACAUGUUCUGCACCUGGAGCCUACCUUUGUCGACAAGUACAAUGGCAAGGAGAGUCUAGACAAGAAGGUUUCGCGGAUUCUUGGUUGGCUGGACCUGCCCGGAAGAGAGAGCGGAUCUGUCGAGGCUCAAGGCUUGCGACCACAGCUGAUUGCUGCGUACGUUCCCAACGUCGAUAGCGAUGGUCACAAGUACGGACCAAACAGCACGGAGAUUCGAUCUACCAUCGAAAGGGUAGAUACUAUGAUGGACCAGCUCUUCAAGGGGCUCGACGCACGAAACCUGACACACAUCGUCAAUGUCAUUGUCGUGUCUGACCAUGGUAUGGCUACGACAGAUACAACUCGACUGCUGCAGCUGGAGGAUCUCGUCGACACCUCCAAGAUUGAGCACAUUGACGGCUGGCCUCUAUAUGGGCUUCGACCCAAGAACCUCGAUGACCUGCAAGGUUUGUACGACGGCCUGGUAGAAAAGGCUAAGUCAAAUCCCAACUUUGAAGUUUACCUCCGUGAUGUGAACAUGCCAGAGCGUUAUCACUUUUCUCAAAACGACCGCAUCGCUCCGCUCUGGAUUGUCCCCAAGACUGGCUGGGCCAUUGUCACUAAGGAGGAAUUCGAUGUCGAGAAGGCGAAGAAGGAGGGGCUCGUGUAUCAUCCUCGCGGCUUGCACGGAUAUGAUCACGAGCACCCUCUUAUGAGAGCCAUCUUCAUCGCUAGAGGCCCUGCGUUUCCUCACCCGGCGAAUAGCCAAGUUGAUGUAUUCCAGAAUAUUGAGGUGUACAACUUGUUGUGCGACUCGUUGGGGCUGAAGCCUAAGCCUAACAAUGGAACUUUGCGGCUGCCUCUGAAGCCGAUUGGUACUCACAAGGCUGAAGAUGAGCCUGAAGUACCCGUUGAUCCCGCUGUAAAGACUCAGGAUAUUCAACGCCCUUCAGUGCCCCCUGAGCCCACCACUUCUUCUUCUUCUUCUGCUCUGUCGUCAUCGUCCUCUGCAUCUAUAUCAUCGAGUACAUCGACAUCUGUAACGUCUCACACUACUACAAGCGAGGCAGUAGUGACUCCCACGGAGAAGCCUAGUGACGACAACAAGGGAGAUGAAAACGACGAUGACGACGAGGGGUCUGAUGGGCUAAAGGGUAUCUGGGACUGGUUAUCCAAUGAAAUAGACAAAGUCUGGCACAAGAUUACUGACGGAUCCGGAUCGAGCUGA